AUGAUUCAGCUGUUCAAAGUAAAGGAAAGCCACAAAGUUCUUGCUCAAAAUUCAAAUUGCGAAGCCCCUACCGAAAAGCAAUCUGCAGGAGAGUUGCGUUUACACAAUGACAUUACUGAGCUGAACCUACCUAAUUGUUGUACCAUAUCAUUUCCUAAUGGAAAGGAUGAUCUCAUGAACUUUGAGGUUACAAUUUCACCUGAAGACGGCUGUUACGUUGGUGGAGCAUUCAAAUUCUCCUUUCAGGUUUCUCCGGUGUAUCCCAAUGAUGCACCUAAAGUUAAAUGUAUACCCAAGGUGUAUCAUCCAAAUAUAGACUAUGAAGGAAACGUAUGCCUCAACAUAUUACUUGAAGAUUGGAAACUAGCGUUGAAUAUAAACACUAUAAUCUAUGGAUUAUACCAUCUUUUCACGAGUUUCGAAAUUACAAUCUAG